GACUCUAAAUUGUCCCUAGGUGUGAAUGUGAGAGUGCAUGUAUGUGUGAUUGAGGCCCUGUGACAGACUGGCGACCUGUCCAAGGUGUACCCCGCCUUCACCCAUCGGCAGCCGGGAUAGGCUCCCGCACCCCCGCGGCCCCGAAAGGAAGGAAGCGGUCAAGAAGAUGGAUGGAUGGAAAAGCCGCUGCACGAGUCAAACCCCGGUAUUUGCUGACUGAGGAGGAUCUCUGCAACCAGCAGAGGAACUUCAGAGUGGACCAGGAGAAUCCAGAAUCUCCACAGAUUAAAGAAGAACCAAAGGAAACAAAACUUCUACAGAUUAAAAUGGAGCAAGAGGAACCAGAACCUCCACAUAUUGAAGAGGAACAAGAGUAUCCAGUAUCCCCACAGAUUGAAGAAGAGCAGGAGGAACCCCAAACUAUACAGAUUAGGAACACUCAUACCUUAAUGGAGAUUCCUACUUUGGAGGAACAUGUUGACAGUGAAGCAGAUGGAAACAAUCAGCUGAGCUUUAAUGGAACUGAUAGUCAGGAUGAAGAAGGAAACCAACAUGAAGAAUCAACAUCAACUCCAGAUGAAGAGACAGAGCCACAGAGCAGAGAUCAGAGGAAGAGAAGAGACAGAAGUCAUGUCCAAAGUGUGGUCAGCUCUUACAUGUCAGAAAGUCAGUGCGACUCUGAUGUUAGUAAAAAGUUCAAGAGGACAACUUUGGUGAAGAAAUGCAAACAAUCCCUAAAGGAAAAUAGACGUUACUCUACAAAGUCUGGUAAAAGAACAAGAAUUCCACACGAUGUGUCUGUCCACAUGAGAAUUAAGUCUGAUGAAAGACCUUAUGUCUGUAAAGAAUGUGAUAACAGUUUUAGUCAUGUAAAUAAACUUAAAAGACACAUGAGAAUUCACACAGGAGGGAAGCCUUUUAUGUGUAGAGAAUGUGAUAAAAGUUUUAGUCAAAAAUGUAAUCUCAAAACACACAUGAAAACUCAUACAGGAGAAAAGCCCUUUAUGUGUAAAGAAUGUGAUAGAAGUUUUAGUAAUCCUUCUCAUCUCAAAUCACACAUUCGAACUCAUACAGGAGAGAAGCCUUUCUCGUGUAAAGAAUGUGACAAUAUUUUUAAUGAUAAAUCUCAUCUCAAAUCACACAUGAGAAUUCAUACAGGAGAGAAGCCCUUUAUGUGUAAAGAAUGUGAUAGAAGUUUUAGUGUUAAAUCUAGUCUCAAAAGACACAUGAGAAUUCAUUCAGGAGAGAAGCCCUUUAUGUGUAAAGAAUGUGAUAGAAGUUUUAGUGUUAAAUCUGGUCUCAAAUCACACAUUCGAACUCAUACAGGAGAGAAGCCUUUUUCGUGUCAAGUAUGUGACAAAAGUUUUAGUGAUGCAGUUUCUCUCAAGAGACACAUGAGAACUCAUACAGGAGAGAAGCCUUUUUCGUGUGAAGUAUGUGACAGAAGUUUCAUUGAUGCAGUUUCUCUCAAAAGACACAUGAAAACUCAUACAGGAGAAAAGCCUUUUAUGUGUAGAGAAUGUGACAGAAGUUUUAGUAUUAAAUCUAGUCUCAAAGAACACAUGAGAACUCAUACAGGAGAGAAGCCUUUCUCGUGUAAAGAAUGUGACAGAAGCUUUAGUGUUAGAUCUGGUCUCAAAAAACACAUGAGAACUCAUACAGGAGAGAAGCCUUUCUCGUGUAAAGAAUGUGACAGAAGUUUUAGUAUUAAAUCUAGUCUCAAAGAACACAUGAGAACUCAUACAGGAGAGAAGCCUUUCUCGUGUAAAGAAUGUGACAGAAGCUUUAGUGUUAGAUCUGGUCUCAAAAGACACAUGAGAACUCAUACAGGAGAGAAGCCUUUUUUGUGUCAAGAAUGCGACAAAAGCUUUAGUCAAAUAGCUCAUCUCAAAUCGCACAUGAGAACGCAUACAGGAGAGAAGCCUUUCUCGUGUACAGAAUGUGAUAAAAGUUUUAGUCGAAAAUCUCAACUCAAAAGACACAUGAGAAUUCAUACAGCAGAGAAGCCUUUUUUAAAGCAAGGGAAACCCACAGUAGGGGAGCCAUGAAGAAAGGAUAAUAAUGUUUUAAAUAGGAAGGUUUAAGUAUUGCAAAAAAACAUUUUCCCUUAUUUUAAGCGCCAUGUAAAAUUAAAAUUUAAAAAGUGUAUUAUAAUGUUCAGUGCUCACUAUUAACAAUCCAAAGGCAGUAUUUCUGAUCCAUUCAUGCAUUUCUGAGUAAUCAUCUAAAAAUUUGUGCUCUGAGCACCAGUCCCUCCUAACCCACAUAAACAAGCUGACAUCACAAAGUAAGGACGGCCCCUUUCAGGAAGUGUCUACACUGCUAGCACUGCCCAAGGCUAAACGCCUUUUUAGCAUUGAGUCUGAGAAGAAAUGGGUUCCUAGCACCUAAUAAACAAAGACAGAUUAGAUCUAUAUGGAUAUAGUUUACUCUGAAAGGCUUAAGAAUGACACGAUAAAGACCUUAAAAUGGUCUGUCAGUUGGUAAAAUGAAGUUGGUUUCUAAAACACUUCACUGCUGACAAGCUGUGUGGAGAUUCUGCUUUUAUUUUCCAGCAGAACUUGGAUCAUUUCCACUGUACUAAAGGUACCUAAAGCUGCUUAUCCCUAUACAUCUGUUUCUGUGUUUGAUCAACCAGCAAAUUCCCUGACCUGAACCAAUAAAAAAUCUAUGAAGUGUUUUUAAAGAGGAAGAUGAGACAGCAGAGCCAACAAUGAAGAUGAGCUGAAGUCAGCUAUCAAAGCAACCUGAGCUUUCAUUCCAUGUACACAGAGCCACAGGCUGAUGGCCUCCAUACCACAUUGAUGCAGUCAUUCAAUGAAAAGGAGGAACAAGUGAUUAUUGAAUGCAGGGAAAAGAACAGUUUUCUGAAAUCUGACAUGUGCUGAAAACAUCCUUUAUGCUUCUUCUGAUAGAAUAUUCUCAUUUUCUAUUUUUAGGUUUUCUAUCAGCCAAUAUGAUCACAUUGAUCGAAAUAGAGGAAUAAGUAAAUAAUUCUAUACAUCAUGAGUUUCACUUAUUGUAUUGACAAAAGUAAUAAACUUUUAAACUAUACUUUUUUAAGAUACCCAUGUAUAUAUAAAUGUGUUGUUUUGAAUUAUUAAAUAUAUUAGAUUAAAAUUGUAAAGACAUUUUGAUCAAGUUCAAUUUUUGUCGGUUACAUUUGUAGUGUAAGUUUUUGUACUUUUAUUGUAUUGUUUAAAAGUGUUUAAGUGAACCAUUGUGGUUUGAGUUUAUGCUAAGACAAUGUUGUCUAUCUGUCUGUUACCAUGACAACACUAGAAUUAUUUCAAUGCAUCUCUAAUUCUAACACUUUUUUAUGUGAUUUGUGAACAUUUCAAUAUUGUUUUUGAUAUAAAAUAAUCACUGUUUAUAUGUUGUUGAGUCAUGUUAAUAAAUAACUAUUUUGUGAAGAAAA